AUGUCCUCAUCAAUUCUCAGCCGCUCGGCUCGCAACACGCCUACCAUGGCAGGAUCUGCUUUCAGUCCUCCUGGUGAACCCUCUGCCACUGCUAGCUCUUCCAGUCAAGAGAGAGUUCCAUUCAUGAGAGAGAACUCUCCCGAGGCUGAUACCCUACCUUCAAACCCAGCUGCCGCCCCAGUUGUUACCCACGGUGACAACAUCCCAUACAACCGGACCUCAGAGGCUGAUACUGUGGUACCUCUUCAACCUGUCAUCAGCCAGGAUGCCACUUCAUUUCGCCCCGGUUCUCGUACAGGAAACUUUGUCACUCCCAGAGCCACCCGUUUCUCCCAGGACGGUGGAGAGCCUGUUCACUAUUCAGGUUCUGUGAAGUCCAGCCGACGACGCCCUCGUGAGCGUGAUGAGUACGACUUUGAUCAAGCUGCCGACUACCCUACCCAGAGCGACUACGAACGUUACUGGCGCACAGAAAGCCGCAAUGAUCGUGAUCGCUACGCUGGUCGAAGAGGCCCUUACCCACCUCCCACAUUCAUGAACCGUCGUCGGGUACCACCUCAUGAUUCAGAUGAUGAGUUCUACAGUAGCGAUGACCCUCGUAUGCCUCCCAAUGGUGGCCGCAGGAUGAUGGAUGAGGAGAUGGGUGCUUAUCCCGCCCGACCCUCUCACCUUCACCGCACUUCCACUCUCAAUGGCUUUAACAUCACCACAGGCAAGCUCGAGUGGAACAACUUGAGUCGCAAAGAGAAGUCUCAAAUUAUGCGCUUACCCUUGACUCAAUGGAUGAACUCAAACUUCAAGAACCAUUUCGUUGCCGGUAUUGGAGAGCUUAUCGGAACCACCAUGUUCCUCUUCUUCGCUUUUGCUGGCACAGAGGUUGCCAACAUCCAGGCCGAGACCAACAACAGGACUACCACUGGAGAGUCCACUGGUGGUCUUAACGUUUCUAAGCUCCUCUACAUCUCCAUCAUUUUUGGUUUCUCUCUCAUGGUCAACGUCUGGGUAUUCUUCCGUAUUAGUGGUGGCCUCUUCAACCCUGCUGUCACCAUUGCUAUGUUGAUGGUCAAGGCAAUUAGCAUGACAAGAGCUAUCUGCCUGUUCCUUGCACAAAUCCUAGGAUCCAUGCUUGCUUCUGUUAUUGUGCGCUACCUGUUUCCUGAGACGUUCAACGUUCGAACCACUCUUGGAGGCGGUGCAUCUCUUGUCCAGGGAGUGUUCAUCGAGGCUCUUCUCACUGCCGAGCUGGUCUUUACCAUCUUUAUGCUUGCUAAGGAGAAGCACCGAGCUACAUUCAUCGCUCCUGUCGGUAUUGGUCUGGCUCUGUUCAUUGCUGAGAUGGUUGGUGUCCAGUUCACUGGAGGUUCGCUCAACCCCGCUCGAAGCUUUGGUCCCUGUGUCAUUACUGGUACCUUUGACUCGGAACACUGGAUCUACUGGGUUGGCCCCUUUAUUGGUUCUCUGAUCGCCGUGUGCUUUUACUGGUUCAUCAAGACCCUCGAGUACGAGAUGGCCAACCCUGGUGCUGACGGUGACGAUCUCAACGACCCUACAAAGAACCCCGAGAAGCGAGCCGAGGUCCAGGCUACUACUACCAAGAUCCCUACAACCGCCUUCGGCGGGGGUAAGACUCCUUCGAUUCUUAGUUAG